CCGUCGCUGAAUUGGAGCCGGCAAUUACUGGUAGCCAUCCCAUUCGAUUCCCACGCGGCGACCCUGGGUUCCCCGCUCUCUCUACAAACUCCGUUCCCCAUCACCCCUCUCUGGUCGCCUUCGUCUCGCCUCCGGCGCCUCAAGAUCCCACGCGCGCUGCUCCGUCGAUCGCCAGGAUGUCGUCCUCGGGCAGUCCAAAAGUGACGGAAAGGAAGGUCGACAAGGACAAAGGUGGAGACAACGAUGAUGAAAAGGGAGGUUUCUUCGACAAGGUUAAGGAUUUCAUCCAAGAUGUUGGCGAAAAGAUCGAGGAAGCAGUAGGCGUUCGAAAGCCUACGGCCGAUGUUACUGGGAUCCACAUCCCCCACGUCAGCCUGGAGAAGAUAGAGCUUGUUGCUGAUGUUAUGAUCGCCAACCCGAAUCCUGUCCCCAUGCCUCUUGUCGACAUCGAAUACUCGAUCGAGAGCGAAGGAAGGAAGCUCGUGUCUGGAACGAUCCCUGAUGCUGGCACCAUUCAUGCCCAUGGUUCAGAGACUGUCAAGAUUCCCCUUUUACUGAUCUAUGAUGACAUCAGGAGCACAUACAAGGAGAUCAAGCCUGGAAGCAUCAUUCCUUACAAGGUCAAGGUCGUUCUUCACAUAGAUAUACCUGUACUUGGGAGGGUUUCUUUGCCGCUAGAGAAAAAUGGUGAGAUUCCGGUGCCAUACAGACCAGAUGUUGACAUUGAUAGGAUCAAGUUUGAACAGUUCUCUUUCGAAGAAUCGACUGCGACCCUCCAUUUGAAUCUGGACAACAAGAAUGAUUUUGACUUGGGACUGAACUCGAUGGAUUAUGAAGUGUGGCUAGCUAAUGUGAGCAUUGCCUCUGCUGAGCUCAAAGAAUCUACGAAUAUUAAGAAACAGGAGAUAACAACUAUGAACUUACCUAUCAGCUUCAGGCCUAAGGAUUUCGGUUCUGCUAUGUGGGAUAUGAUUAGGGGAAAAGGAACUGGUUAUAGCAUAAAGGGACACAUUGAUGUCAACACUCGUUUCGGACACAUGAAAAUACCUAUAAGCAAAGAGGGGGGAACAACUCGUCUUAAGAAGGGGGAUGAUGAUGAUGAUGACAAGGACUAAGGUGGGAAUACAUUUUUCUGAAGCAUAUAAACAAAUAAGUAAUAUUUGUAUGUCUGUUUACUAUGCUAGUCAAGCGAUCAUUUCAGCUUAUAAUUUCUAGUUUGGUUACGUUAUGUAUCCAAUAUUUGUUAUAUUUUUUUAUCAGUAUUCCUAAUCUCGUAACUCUCCUCUUCAGAGCGCUUUCUUUGUGUAUGGUUAUAAUUUCAAAUCAAGGACAUCAAAAACAUGUUCAAUGAGCCAAGGUUACUCUUUGAUA